AGAAGAAAAAGCUAUGGGUGGGUUUAACUCUGUAAAGUCAAUGGUGCAUGCAAUAAGUGGGUAAAAUUGCAGAUAUUGGUCAUAAUUUUGUAUACAUGUUAAGAAAAAAAAGACUAUUACAAAAUUGUAUAUCAUACUGUACAGAGUAACUGGUCAACAGUUUUUUUUCGUCAGAACUUCUUAUACAUUACAGGACAGAUUAAGUGAAUGGGUCACAUGAUGGCCAUAGAGCAAGAGUGGUGGAAGAACAAACUAGCCGAGGAUAUUUAUGCAACAUUAAAACUCAAGGAACAAACAAUACCUCAGUUUCACGCACAGUCAUCACAACUAUGGAUACGGCGCCACCUGGUGGACUGGUUGGCUGUUAUAGUCAGUGAAAUUGGAAUAUGUGCAACUGCUCAGCAUUUAGCAGUUUAUUUACUGGAUUAUUUCAUGGAUGGAUUGGAAGUUGAACUUUGUUACAUGCAUUUGAUGGCUCUAACUUGUUUACUUAUAGCAGUAAAAUUUGAGGACCAUUGUGAUAGGAUACCUCACUAUAAUAAACUGAACAGUUAUAUACCUGUGACCCAGUACAACACCGGUCAACCUUAUACUGCUAGACAAUACCUCAACAUGGAACUUAAUAUACUCAAAUUCUCUUCAUUUGAAUUAUGUAUACCAACUGUACCUAACUUUUCUUCCAUACUUUCUCAAG